GAAGUUUGGCAGGCCUAAACAGUGUCACAGGUACUAAACCAGGUCUCUCCAUAAGACUGAAGCAUAGGCUGAAAACUUCAGUAAGGAAAGGACAUUAACUGUUCAUCCAGUAGCAGUCCGCCUGGAUCACAUACAACAUCUCUGCACUGGAUCAUGGUCCUUCAGGCUAGCAGUGUCAUGAGUAUCCCAGCUACUGUGAGUGUUGACAACCAACUACCUGCUUCCUGGACGACCCACUACAACUGCUCUGAUGUUUCCAUGGUGACAUCUGCAUACACGGGUCGGCUUUGGUCUCAGGAUCUUCAUCCACAGAACUGGUCCAAGUAUCAGGUCUGGGAGUGGCUCCAGCAGACACUGGACAUGCACCAAAUGGACGCCACCAGCAUCCCCUUCCAGAACUUUGACUUGGAUGGAAGGCAGCUUUGCAACAUGAGCUAUCAAGACUUCACCCGGGCGGCCGGAUCCGUAGGCCCCAUCCUAUACCAAAGUUUGACGGAUCUUAAGUGGAACAGUCAGUAUGGCCAAACAGAUAUGUUUUCACCAGUGGAUAUUAAAACAGAAAUAGAUGCAGACUUUCCAUGUUCAAUUCUUCCCUUCAAGGAAGAGUCCAAUUUUUACAGCACUUCAGAUCUAUUUGAUAUCAAAAACUCAUUCCAGCCCAACACCAUGUUGUCCUCACCAGCUCCAUCAAGUCCAGAUCCCAAGAGGCCGCACAAUCGCUCUCAAGUCAAAAGACACAAUCCGCGUGGAACGCACCUGUGGGAAUUUAUCAGAGACAUUCUGCUGAAUCCGGAACAUAACCCUGGCCUGAUCAAAUGGGAGGAUCGCUCCGAGGGGGUUUUCCGCUUUCUCAAGUCAGAAGCUGUGGCUCAGCUUUGGGGCAAGAAGAAAAAUAACAGUAGUAUGACCUACGAGAAACUCAGUCGAGCGAUGAGGUAUUAUUACAAACGAGAGAUCCUGGAGCGAGUGGAUGGGCGAAGACUCGUCUAUAAGUUUGGCAGAAAUGCUCGAGGAUGGAGAGAAUCCGAGAAGUGAAGGACUUUUGGUUUGAAUGUCUUCACAUGUAGCUUCCAUGUGAAAACCUUUAUUUAUAACAUUAUGACCAUUCCAAUUAAGUUUUUUUGAAGAGGGACUAUACUGUUGUGUUUAUAGUAGUUGUGUACCUUUCUGUCAGAAUGUUGUUAUUAUUUCAUUUUCUAGUUUUUUAGUUUUUUAUGAAAAGUGCCGUGCUUUCCAAAGUGGCUUGAAUCAUGCCACGAAAUUUGCAUAAAACAAAACAAAACAUCAAGAGAGCAAAGAAUGGCAUAGAGUGAAGGUGUUUUGAGAAAUGUUUUCAAAAGCUGAAGUUUAACAACUUAAAAAAUGCAACACUCGUGCGUGAAAUCCUGCGGCGGCGAAAUGGUCAAUAACGUCCAUCUAGUGCAUGUUUACAAUUAAAAAACUGUGCAGACGGAUGCAAAAAUGCCUUUGGUGUGAACGGCACCUUACACUGUUUUUUUUUUUUUUACUUUAUUGCCUAAGAGAAAAAACUUUGCUGGCUCUCUUCAAUACUUUGUUUACGUUAUCAAUGUUUCACAGUACCACUGUUUUAUAUGGAUUUGUUUGUGAAAUGAAGCACAAUAAUUUGCAUCUAUACUGUGCAAUGGUGUUUGAUCAUUAACAUGUAGUCAUUAACUUGUUCUAAAUGGAAGAUCGCCCAAGGACGCUCCACAAAUAUGCUCCAUUGGAAUUUCCACAAGUUUUGCUUUUGAAUGGCUUCAUUUCACUUGAAAACAAUCAGGGUCCAGUUCAAGUAGAAUGAACUCUUACAAUUUAGAGUAGACUCACCCUGUGAGUUUUGAUGAUAGAACUGUUGAUAUGCAUCAUGAACCACAAAAAACCAGAAUGUAAAGUUUGUUUUUUAUGCUGUACAUAGGCUUAAGUUUUACAAUUACAUUUUUAAUAGCACUAAUAAAAGUUUUA